AUGCAUUGGGGAUCGACGUUGUUCCUGUUAUGUCUCUCGAUAACAUUAUCAUACUCGACUCUGUUCAGUAUCGAGAAAUUCAGGUUGUAUGCGAAGAUCCUGAAGCUCGAUAAGUUAAACAUCAACGAAACGGGAAACGAGCUCUGGCAUGGACUCUUCAGGGACUGCGACAAGAGAGUGACGUUUUCCUGCAUACAAAAGAACGCGUACACGUACCUCGACAAUGCAUUCAUCGAUAGAGAUAAUAUCACCGUUUUCGACGGUCUGAUUCUUACGAAAAAUAACGUCACUUACGAUACAUGUCCUAAAGCAGAAAAUCCCAACGAUGUUCGUGAGAAUCUCGUAGAUGAUGUCGACACGGACGACUGCGAAAACAAAACGGCCGAAGAAGAAAAAGAGCAAGGGCAGAAGUUUGGGAAUAAAUCACCACUCGAAGAAAUUACGAACGCUCUACGACAGAAAACAGUAAAAUUUUUAUCAACACGAAAUUACGAAAUUCAACUUCCGCAGUUCUUUUUCGAGGGCGCAACUGUAAAGAUAAGCCCGCGCGAGAUUGACGAGAAUGGAGCUCUCCUCAGAGUAGAUUUCGGAAAUCAACAAGUGGUACAAGAGGAGGGACGAAUCUUCUUUAAAAAAAUUAAAAAGUUCAUACAGAAUAGAUUGUUAACCAGUUUCUUGGCGCUUCUCUUAAUUAUCAAGCUAAUUAAAGUGAAGUUCCUGUUCGUCAUUCCGUUCCUUUUCGGUGUGGGCGCUGCGAAGAAACUUUUCCUGAAACUGCUACUGUUCUUCAUUCCUGCGUUCGCGCAUAUUUUCAAGCUCUGCUCCAGCUACUAUUCGUCUCAUGCCACCAAAUAUCAUCAUCAUCAUCAUCAAAUAGCGCAUCAUCAUCAUCACGUGCCAGUUCCGGUACCUCUCCCAUCUUAUUACGACCAUCACCCUCAUCGCGAUGACUUCGAUGGUUACGAUUACGCCCACCCUCAUGUUCAAUACCGGAAAGAUAUGGAAGAGUUGAAAGAAUGGGGCAUUGAACCUGAUGAGGAGCCCUACGAAGAGUCCAGUCAGCAGUUAAAUCGCGUGGUCCCAGCUCCAGGCGCAGCUUCCGGUCUCAUGUAUUCAGAUAAUUUGAUGACAGCUAGCGCGCAUAACUUGGCCUACUCCGGAUAUCUCAACGACAUUAAAUACAAUCAACGACCCGCGGCGCAGCCAACUGCCGCUGUACUUUCGGUAAAUCCCAUCAGUCUCGUAUCCGGUACGAAGACAUCGGUAAAGAAUCCUUAUACCGUGUUCGCGCCAAACGUACGACCGACUCAUCAGAGACUCUUGACACCCGUCGCAACCGCCAAGAGCUCGUCUGUAUCGAUCUCAAGGCAAGAAACGGACGAUGAGUAUUACGGGCCGAUAAUCGAACGACUGGAUGUAAUCUUCGGGCAACUGAGAUUCUACGAAGAGACGUGCAAGGAAAUGCUCGUCUGUAGCAUGUACAAGAACCCGGCGGAGUACUCGCCGCAGAGUAACCUCGUGUCAAACGAGCUUUCCAGAGAUCCGCAGGAACUCAAGGGUAGUGUAACAGACAGUGUGUACAGUCAGAGAUUUUAUAGAUACUUGAACGCAGCCAGGUACGGUCAAGAUGGUGGAGAUUGCCUCAGCACAUAUCCUUGUAACAACAAUACCGAAUAA